ACUGUCGAAUGAGAUUAAUUUCUACCAAUAAAUUGACCAUAACUCCACACCAGCGGUCUCAUCAAAAAAAUGCAAGAAAGUCGCCAAUCAUAAACGCGUUGAAUAGUCUUCGAAAUCAGACCAGACUCUCUGCAUUAUUAUGAACUUUGGCCGUUGACUAAGGAAACUCUCUCUUCCCAUGUCAGCGUCUUCGUCUUCUUCCUCUUCCUCUUCCGUCUCCCUCAGCUCACCAAUGAGCAAACAAUCUCCGGUCGGGACAUCCUCUGCAAAACCAUAACUAACGGACAACCAAAGCACACAACCUCAAAAAGCCAACCUUGUCUAUUGUCUCUGUUUCUGUCCCCCUCUCUUUGCUUCCAUGGCCAAUUCAAGAACCCAACUGCUGCUGCUGCUCACCUUCUUCUUCUUCCUCGUCCUCCUCGGCCUAGUCCAAGUCCAAGCCCAGCAAGACUACCUCAACAACAAGCAGCUCAACUGCAGCAACACCGACCCCAUCACCGCCGGCUACGCCUGCAACACCUCCUCCGGCGACCCCCCCACCUGCCAGUCCUACCUAACCUUCCGCUCCACCGCUCCCUACACCUCCCUUGCCACCAUCGCCUUCCUCCUCAAGACCGACACGGCCGCCAUGGCCACGCUCAACGACCUCACCGACAUCGAGUCCAUCCCCUCCGGCACCCCGAUCAUCGCCCCCGCCAACUGCUCCUGUGCUGGCACCUUCUACGAGCACAACGCCUCCUACGUCCUCAAGGACGAGGGAGAGACCUACUUCACCGUCGCCAACGACACCUACCAGGGCCUCUCCACUUGCCAGGCCCUCGAGGCCCACAACCCCUAUAAACCCACCGAACUCGAAGCCGGCAUGUCCCUGCUUGUGCCCCUCCGUUGCGCCUGCCCAACCGCCGCCCAGUCCUCGAGCGGCGUCCUCUACCUCCUUUCGUUUAUGGUUAUCCCGGGGGACGAUCCCUCCAAGAUCGCCCAGCUGUUCGGGGUCACCGAGCAGAGCGUGCUCGGCGCGAACAACCUAAACGAGGAUGAUGUGAUCUACCCUUACCAGCCGAUUCUCGUUCCGCUCACGAAGGAGCCCACCAAGAUUGUACUGCCCACCACGUCCCCGCCGCCGCCCCCCCCUGCUGGAACCGCUCCGGCUACUCCCACCGGAGGAGGAUCGAGCUCCUCCAAGAAAUGGUUGUAUGUCGGAGUUGGUAUCGGAGUCGCCCUGGUUGCGAUUCUCGGUGCGGUUGCCUAUUGGGCAUUAUAUUACGGGAGGAGGAAGCAAGAGCAGGCACCGCCUGCCUCGGCUCCACCACCGAAGAAGGCCUCCGAGUCAGUCACCGACUACUCGGCCCUGCCGACGGACAGCUCCUCGUGGUCGGUCUCGGGCAUUCGAGGAGCUAUCGACUCUCUGACCAUUUACAGGUACGAGGACUUGCAGAAGGCCACCGAGUCGUUCGCCGAAGAAAACAAGAUCAGGGGCUCGGUCUACCGAGGAAAGUUCAAGGGCGACGAUGCGGCUGUGAAGGUCGUGAAAGGGGACGUAUCGAGUGAGAUCAAAAUUCUGAAACUGAUCAACCACUCAAACAUAAUCCGGCUCUCCGGGUUCUGCCUCCACGAGGGGAACUCAUAUCUCGUGUACGAGUAUGCGGAGAACGGAUCUCUCAGUGAUUGGCUUCACUCCGGCAAGGAUCUUCUAUCGACUCUGUCGUGGAAACAGAGGAUUCAGAUUGCUUACAACAUAGCCGAUGCGAUAAACUACCUGCACAACUAUGCAAACCCGCCCUACAUCCAUAAGAACCUGAAGAGCAGCAACGUUCUCUUGGAUGGGAACUUUCGAGCAAAAGUCUCUAAUUUCGGGCUUGCAAGAUCGGUGGAGAGCGAGAACGGUGGGCUCCAACUGACCCGACAUGUCGUGGGAACACAGGGCUACAUGUCCCCUGAGUACAUCGAGAACGGCGUGAUCACGCCGAAGCUUGAUGUUUUUGCGUUCGGGGUCGUAAUGCUGGAGCUUCUAUCUGGAAGGGAAGCUGUUGGGAAGAACAAGGAUAGGGAGGAGCUACUUUCUUCGGCGAUAAACCGCGUAGUAGAAGGCGACAACGUGAGAGAUAAACUUAGGGAGUUCAUCGAUCCGUCCCUUAGGGACGAGUACCCAUUGGAUUUGGCAUUUUCAAUGGUUGAGCUCGCCAGGAAGUGUGUGGCAUAUGAUCUGAACUCUCGCCCAGUAAUGCCGGAAGUUCUGAUGAUUCUCUCCAAGAUUUUAUCAUCGUCGCUGGACUGGGACCCGUCCGAUGAGCUCAAUAAAUCCCGGUCAAUGAGCCAUGGCAGGUAGAUCAUUAACGAGCUCGCCAUAGAAGCCCUUACAAAUCAAUUCUUAUCUUCUGCAUUUGUGAUAUACCGUGAUUUACAUUAUGCAUCAAGUGUAAGUAACUUCCCUUUCCGGCAUGUCCCAAGCAAAGCCCGUGAUAGCGUAGACAGAUCAAGUUCGGGUAUUGUUCGUCUCUGUAAGAGAAAAAGGGAAUUGGUUCGAUUGAUAGCAUGUAUUCUGCGAUGAGAUGUUAGAAAAGAGAUUUUCAACUGUCGAGA